GUCUAAGACCACGCUCCUUUCCUUCUCUUCUACACACAUCAUACCCUAAACCUACUCCACCUCAUAGACAUUAGUAGGAAUAGCCAUGUCAGAUUUCCCAAACGAGGAGAAUGGCAAGAUCUCCCUCAAGGGGAGGGUCGCCAUUGUUACCGGUGCCGGUAACGGUCUCGGUCGAGCAUAUGCUCUCGACCUCGCCAAGCGAGGCGCCAAGGUCAUCAUCAAUGACUUGGGUCCCUCUACCCAGGACAAGAACCGAAAGGCUGCCGAGGUCGUUGUGGAUGAGAUCAAGAAGGCCGGCGGUGAGGCAGCUGCCAACCUCGACUCCAAUCUUGAGGGAGGCAAGAUUGUGCAACAGGCCAUCGAUACCUUCGGUAGGAUCGACAUUGUCGUGAACAAUGCCGGUAUCCUCCGAGACAAGUCCUUCGCCUCCAUGAGCGACAAGGAGUGGGAUGCUAUCACAGCUGUUCACAUCACCGGUUCAUAUGCCUGUGCCCACGCCGCAUGGCCUCACAUGCGAAAGCAGAAGUACGGCCGCAUCAUCAACGUCUCAUCAGCCGCUGGUAUCUACGGCAACUUCGGUCAGGCCAACUACUCGGCUGCCAAGAUGGCUAUGAUCUCCUUCACCAAGACUCUCGCAAUUGAAGGUGCAAAGUACAACAUUCUCGCCAACUGCAUCGCUCCUAUCGCUGCUUCCCAGAUGCUGGCCUCCAUCAUGCCGCCUGAGAUUCUUGAGAAUCUGAAGCCAGAGAUGGUAGCUCCCUUGGCCACAUUCCUGGUCUCCGGUUCCAACACCGAAUACUCUGGUCUCACCAUCGAGUCCGGAGCAGGGUUCAUGGCAGCUCUCCGCCGUGAGAGGACUCACGGUGUGGUGUUCCGAGCCGAUGACACCUUCACUCCCUCGGCUGUCAAGGCCAAGAUCGACGAGAUCCUUGACUUUGAUGAGAACCCAGAAUACCCCGACAAGAUCACAGACGCCAACCAUAUGGAAUUCCUCGAGCGAGCAAAGGAGGCCAAGUCCAACGACCAAGGUGACUCCGAGGUGCGCUUCGAUGGCAAGACCAUUCUCAUCACCGGAGCCGGAGCUGGUCUAGGUCGAGCUUACGCUCUCAUGUUCGGCAAGCUGGGAGGUAAUGUCGUUGUCAACGACUUUGCUGAGAAGGCAGCCAAUGCCGUUGUCGAUGAAAUCAAGAAGGCAGGAGGCAAGGCUGCGCCCGCAAUCGGCAGCGCAGAGGAGGGAGAGAAGCUCGUCAAGGCUGCCACCGACGCUUUCGGUGGUCUCCACGUUGUUAUCAACAAUGCCGGUAUCCUGCGUGACAAGUCUUUCGCCAGCAUGAGCGAUGCCGAGUGGCACGCCGUCAUCAACGUUCACCUGCGAGGUACCUACAGCGUCUGCAAGGCCGCUUGGCCCAUCUUCCGCCAACAGAAGUACGGACGAAUCGUAAACACUACCUCUGCCGUGGGCAUCUAUGGAAACUUUGGACAAGCAAACUACUCGACCGCAAAGGGUGGUAUCAUCGGUCUCACUCAGACGCUUGCCAUUGAGGGACAGAAGUACAACAUUCUGGCCAACACCAUUGCACCCAACGCUGGCACCGCCAUGACUUCUACGAUCUGGCCCCAGGAGAUGGUCGACGCCUUCAAGCCAGACUACGUGGCACCAGCUGUUGGUUUCCUUGCCAGUGAAGCCAACGAGGAGUACACCAAGAAGCUCUUCGAGGUGUCUGGUGGAUGGGUCGCUGCCGUCAGGUGGCAAAGGUCCGGUGGCCACGCCUUCAAGUUCGGCAAGGCUCUCGAGGCCGAUGUCAUCAAGGAGAACUUCGAGAAGAUCAUCGACUACGACCCUGAGCGAGCCAGCUGGCCAGCAGACAACCAGGAAGCGAUUUCGGACAUCAUGUCCAACAUCACAGCCGGUGCUGACAGUGAUGAGUCCGACGACGACGAAGGUGGAGACGAUGACUACUCAGACCCAGAGGACUCUGAUCUGGUAAAGGAAGCCAAGAAGCAGAAGUUCGAAGCGACCGAGUACGAGUGGACCGAAGACUCUACCAUUCUGUACAAUCUGGGUCUCGGGGCCACUGCCAAGGAGCUCAACUAUGUCUACGAAGGCGCCGACGAGUUCCAACUCAUCCCCUCGGCUGCCGUCGUCAUUGCUUUUGGUGCUUCGACCUCCAUGCCUAUGGACUGGCUGCCCAAUUUCGACCCUACCAAGCUGCUGCACGGUGAGCAGUGUGUAGAGUUACACACCAAGGAGCUGCCCGUCAGUGGAAAGGUGACGAACACUCCUGCUCUGGCAGAGGUGCUGGACAAGGGCAAGGCCGCUGCCGUCACCAGCGUGACCAAGUCUGUGGACCCCGAGGGCAAGAAGCUCUUCACCAACAGCUCCACCGUCUUUAUCCGUGGUGCUGGUGGAUUCGGAGGCAAGAAGACGGGCAAGGACCGCGGAGAGGCCACUGCUGCCAACAAGCCACCCUCCAGGGACCCAGACCACGUUGCCGAGUUCAAGACUUCACCAGAUCAGGCUGCCAUCUACCGACUGAGCGGCGACAAGAACCCUCUUCACAUCGACCCAGACUUUGCUGGAGUGGGAGGCUUCGAUGAGCCCAUCCUGCAUGGUCUGUGCUCCUUUGGCAUUGCUACCAAGGCCAUCUACGAGAAGUAUGGCUUCCCCAAGACGAUCAAGGUGAGGUUCAUGUCCGUGGUGAUUCCUGGACAGACGAUUGUGACCAAGAUGUGGAAAGAUGGAACAAAGGUCAUCUUUGAGGCUUCGGUCAAGGAGACUGGCAAGCAGGUGCUGGGUGCCGCGGCUUACACGCUGUGGGAGUAGACGUGUUGGGAGCAGACGAAGAUGUGGUGUGAUCAGACUUGAUUUGUAAUGGAUGG